AUGGAGCCCCGCUACUUGUUUGAGUGCACGACGCAGCUUCUCUUGGAGUUGGAGGCCCGUUUUUUUGUACUUCGACUUCUUGCUGUUGGCCUUGUCCAGGCUGUGGGACUACUUGUCGCAUUCAGCCACCAACCGCUCUCCCGCCUCGUCCAUCUGCUUGCGCAUACCAGCGAUCUCACGAUCGGCUUUCUCCUGUGCGGCAUGACGUGCUCACACAGUCCCGAGAAUUUCAGAUUUCAGAUGCUCUAUCAAGACGGUCUGGUCGACCCGGAUGGGCAACGCCUCCCGAAAGGCUUCGGACUGCUUGACCUCGUAUUCAUAGCAAACGUGCAAGCGGUCGUACUUCGAUUGGACGAUUUGAGCGAAAGGGGACGCGAAGGUGCGGAGCUCUUGAAGAUCCUCACUCAGCUGGCAAUUCUGGAUUAUCUGCUGCUCCAAAGCAGCCUCCAUACUCUGUUACCGAUCAACGAGAGUCUGUAG